AUGCCGGACUCUAGCAUGACCAGUCAUGAUGGCUCAGAGUCAUGCUUCGCUUUCCCUGACUCUCGCACUGCACUGACUUUCUUCAACAGCGACCUGACGGACUCUGUUCUAGCGAGUGAUGAGGGUUUCGUCAGUGACGAUGACGAUCCUGAUGAUGAGUCCUCCAUCCCUUCGGCCUAUUUAGCAGCAUUCCCUGUUGAACGGCCUCUGUCACCACUGCCCGAGUCUAGGAAUACCAGCACGUUGUCGAUGAGCUCAGAACUCGAUAGUAGCUCACAGCAUGGUCUAUCUGAAAGCGACUCAGAUAUCGAUAAGCCGGGAACCCCAGUUACAUCUCCCGAUCACGGCUGUUUGUCCUCAGACUCUUCUGGUUCUAGUUCUGAAAGCGACGACGACUCUGACAUCCUCGCGCCCCCUCGUCGUCAUUCCCAAGAAGGCGAUAGCCCAGAUGAGCCACCCAGAACCUCUACGAUCGUGUCACCGACACAGAAUUUCAAUCCAGAAACGGCUUCCGAGCCUUACUGGGACCUGCCGUCGUAUCAUGUGCACCAACUCGACUGGAAGCAUCCGGUCCAUGCUGAUAGGCUCCGCGAGCGCAGUGAACAACAUGACAGUGAGAUCAAAGCACUGUUUUGGGACACGAACCACAUUUUCGGGCCGACGGAUACAUCUGGGAGCCCUCGGUAUAGAAAAGAGCUGAGGGACUGGCGAAGAUCACGCCGAGAAUAUAUCAUGACCAGACCAAGUGCUCAGAAACGAGCGCAGGAUGAACGGUAUCUACUGGCGUUGUCGGAUCUUAUUGACAAAAGAGACAGGUUCUUUAGCAAGAAACGCUAGGGAGCAGACGUCAUGUAAGUUUUGUUGAACACAAAACCUGUAAAGAAUGCUUGGUGGCCCGAAGAUAAUUAGAUAUGGAGGUGUGGUUUGUCUAAGAGAAACCUCUGUCUAUUAGUUGAUCUGACGCAUAUGCCGAGAUAGGUCGGCGGCAUUGGCAUCGCAACCUUCAAGAACGGGGCCAUAUUAGUGUCAAAUAUUUAAGAUCAAAAUAAACCAGCCACAAAACCUGACCACC